AUGCAUCAAAAGGCUGUGGAUGACCAAAAUUACACGUAUUCGUCAUUUUGGUCGGUGAGGAUAGUAUCGAUCGAAGGAUUGUUGAAAUUGAUCAAGCUGGACAAGGUCGGCCAGCUUCGUCAACUCAAACGCUUGCUAAGCAGGGUAGUACUGAUCACUAUGAGCAAUUUAAUAGUACCGUCAUCACAAACGCUCACACCGAGUAGACGUCGGCGGCCGAAGGACAACCUCUAUCCUGUAUUCCUCGUCGUCUGUGGAUUCUUUGGCUUGAUCCAGUUCUUCGAUCCAUUCGCAACUUUCGAAGGGAGCCCAGGUCAUAGUAGCGAGAAUGCGAGUGCUUCAAUUUCGCUUGCUCUGGCUCGGAGCAAGGUCCGCGACCAUGCUGAGAAGUUCCGGCAAAGGAAGGAGCGAGGCUAUCCACAGAGGAUACCCUCCUCGGUGACUGAACAAGCAUUUCGCCAAAGUGAUGGUAUUAAGACCGGCGCCGUCAACGCAACCACGAGCCAUGAAUGGCGGAGAAAAUGGGACCAGCUUAAGGUGGGACGCGAGCCCUUAUUUCAGAUGCUCUUUGAGGAUGCCAAAAUGGGCGUUGAUUCCGUUUCUUUACCAUCUCUAGAGGCCUUGCCGACUACCGACGCUUUGCGACAACUGUAUGGCGACCGAGUAAUUGUACGAGGACUAGAAACCUGUCAAAAGUACAGAGAUACAGUGGCAUUGGAAGAUCGAUACGUUGCCGUAGCAGGGACCUUCAACGUGGGCACCAAUCUCUUGGCCUUUCAUUUGGAAAACAAUUUGCGUUUUCCGAAUCGCACGGAUGCAGGCAGUGGGAGGAAGGCACACUGGCGAUGGCAGGUGCGCUGGGGGAAACAUCAGCCAGCCACAGUUCGCAACCAAAACGUGGCCCGUGGCUUUGAAGCCGACAAUAUCGAUCACGUGCUACCCAUUAUUAUGAUUCGGGAUCCACUCUUUGUGCUGCAGUCGCUAUGUGCGCAUCCGUACGGUGCACGAUGGCGCCACGUAGAUGGUCAUUGUCCCAAUUUAGUACCUAACGAAGUGGAUCGCGCCUACUUCAAAGGUGUGCCCGAUAUUUUCAAAGUUACAAUAGUGUACGAUAAGAGCCGGCAAACAAGACACAAUUCGCUGAUUCACUUUUGGAAUGAAUGGUACCGCGAAUACUUGGAUCAAUUUGACUACCCCGCGCUCUGGGUUCGCUUUGAAGAUUUGGUCUAUAAUCCACAGGCCAUGCUGCAGCAAAUUGCCACUUGUAUUGGAGGUGCUGCACCCACACACCAGAACUUUCAAUACCUGACGAAAACAGCCAAAUCUCACGGUAGUGGAACCAACAUGCUGAAAGCUCUGACGAAAACCGGUGACGCGGCGGCCCGCGUGCGGAAUAUGACCGUUGCAGACCUAGACUACCUCCGAGAUCACGCCGAUCACCAACUACUCCAACUCUUUGGCUACCGCAUACCAAAUCCGGGGCGAUAG